AUGUCUGCCACGACAGGUUACAAGUCUCUUUGCAGGGCGGAGUUGAGGUUGGAGUAUCUGCAUGCAAACUCUACUACACAUGACUUUCUGUUUGGAGCGGUUGCUGAACUGAUUGACAACUCCCGAGAUGCUGGUGCCACACGGCUCGACAUCUUUACUGUGAAUAAUGAGACCCUGCAAGGUGGAUUUAUGUUAUGUUUUUUGGAUAAUGGAUGUGGCAUGACACCUCGAGAGACUACUGAUCUUGUAUAUUUUGGAAGAUCUUCUAAGCGGACUAUGACCAAAAUGAUUGGACAUUAUGGCAACGGACUCAAGUCAGGAGCCAUGAGAAUUGGAAAAGACUUCAUAUUGUUCACCAAGAAAGAGAGUACCAUGACAUGCCUUCUUUUCUCUCAGACGUUUUGUGAGACAGAAGGUCUCACUGAGGUCAUCGUUCCAAUACCUUCAUGGUCAAGUACUACAAGAAAUCCAGUAAUGGAUGAUCCUGAGAAAUUUGCCACACAGUUGUCUAUCAUUUGUAAAUAUUCUCCUUUUAAGAGUGAAGCUGAACUGAUGAAGCAGUUUGAUGUCAUCUAUGGGAAAAGUGGAACUCUGGUGGUGAUAUACAAUUUGAAACUUAUGCUUGAUGGUAAGCCAGAACUUGACAUUCAAACAGAUGAAGUGGACAUAUUGAUUGCCGGAGGACUUGAAAACAUUCCAGAGCAGCAAUCCCUGAGGGCUUAUACAGCUCUGUUGUACUUCAAACCACAAAUGAGGAUAUUCAUUCAAGCCAAGAAAGUAGAAACUAAACACUUGCCCUACUGCUUUUACAGACCCAGGAAAUAUCCAUAUAAAUCACCAUUGAAAGACGUUGCUACACAUGAAUCGAAAACAGCAGAAAUGGAACUGAAUUGUGCUAAAGGUGCUGUGAAGGACACAAAGGGCGGACAGAAACAUUUGCAAGAUUCUCUUUUGCAUGAACACAGUGAGUUGGAAGCAAAGGGUGCUCAGGUUGCAGAAUGGAAUGCUGUGGGGAAUGACACGAGAAUAAGGAGCAAACUGAAAGACAGACAAAGGAAUCUUAGAAAAUCAAAAAUUCUUUUCUUAAUAUUUGGAAUUAACAUUCAAAAUAGAAGUCAAGAUGGCAUGCUUAUCUACAGCAACAGUCGUUUGAUUCGGGUGUUUGAGAAGGUGGGACCGCAGAAGAGAGUGGGAUCUUAUUUGGGUGCUGGGGCUGUAGGAAUGGUUGACGUACCCUUAGAAGUCAUGGAGCCAACUCACAACAAGCAGUCCUUUGCCAAUGUUAAGCAAUACAACCGCCUGUUGAAAUCAAUGGAAUCCUAUCUUCUCCAAUACUGGAAAGACAUAGGAAUCAGUCAAAAAGGAGAAUUUGUUUUCUGGAAUGACUUUGGCUAUCUGGGUGCCAAAUGGAAUGACAAACCUUCAGAUACAGUUCAGUACAAAAGAAGAAGAGCAGUGGAGAUUCCGGAUAUUGUUCAGUGUGAUAUUUGCCUCAAGUGGAGACUCCUGUCGCUUGAUACAGAUAUAAAUAAUGAAGGACAUCAUGAUAUCUGGACUUGUGGAGAAAAUAAAUGUCAUGUUCCAGAAAAUUUACCCUCUGUUCCUUUGGGUACUAUUCUCCCAUCAUCAGAGUCGCUGAAUGACAAACUACUUGCAGAUUCCAUUCAGCAAUGUCAAAGCAAGCAGAAAAACUUGCCAUUGCAGAAUUUUUACUGGGUAGAACCGCAUACUGUUGUGCCACAUACAGAAGACUACAGAACUAUUAAGGAUAAAAAUGAAACCAUCAAGAAGACAGUGUCCUGGAGGAAAGCUGUUCACAAAGAUCCAUCUCCAGCCUGCAGUCGUUUGAUUAAGAACAGUGCAAAUAAAAGACGUGUACAAAAAUCGAGCCUUCAAACGCAGCCACCUGCAAAGCAAAAGAUUUGCUCUCAGAGGAAAUGGCACCCUCAUCAGGAAGCAAAACAUUGUGUUUCAAAGCCAGAGGAUAGGAAGGAUCACAAUAUUUCAGUGCUGCGACCUCUUGAAGUACAAGAUAAGCAACCAUUGAAGAAAGAGCCUGAUGUCAUCAAAACUGAAACAGAUAAAAUGACAGAAGUAAUUUGUAUUAUAAUAUCUGACAGUGAGAGUGAAGAUUUGCCGAAGUAUGAAGACUUUGCUUUCAUCCCCAAAGCAGAUGAAAAACAGGAGCAGUACGAUGACAAGGCAGAUGUUCAGCUUGACCUAGCAGUUUAUGCAACUCCUGAGGAAAAGGAUUUGUGUCAAACUGAUUCUGAAAGUGGUUCAACAGAGAAGUCUAAAGGUCAGAGUCAGGAAGAACAAGCACUGGUUGAUAGGCAGAACUCUGAGGUUGCAGCGUCACCCACACGGGAACCCUCCCAUGAAAACAAAAUGAUUGAAACAUUAACAGAUCUUAUCAAAGAAUACAUUACUUGUAUGUCCACUCAAGAUAUUUUGUCUAUGUUUCAGCUGAAAGGACAUUCGGAGCUGAAUGAGAACAUACCUCUAGAAAUGCAUCAGCAUUUUUUGCGGUAUCAAAGUCAGCGUUUAAAAGAUAUCCAUGCUAUGAACCAAGAUAUCCUUGAACCUAUCCAUGCCAUUGAAACUAAGAUUGGUCUUUGUGAGGUACAAGUAAAGACUGUGAAAGAAAGACUUAAACAUCUUCGAGAAAAGAUUGCACAAUUUCUGUUGAAAAUUCAUUCAAAUCUUGUUAUAAAUAGCCUGGAAGACAUUGAUGGCUACCUUGAAGCAAUUCAGAAUGAAGAACAUCUAUAUUAAUGGGAAUACCACUAAAUUAAGCAAAACUGCAUUGCUGGAAUCAGAAAAGUGGAAGGCCGUUGUGGGUUUUAUGAGUUAUGUGGUUGUGGUCUGGUAGUUUUAGCUACAGACCACGGCCAUAAAGCCUAGAAAACCUUGUGCCCACAACAGACACAUAGUUCUGGCCAGGAAAGUCUUCAACAGUACAAAACUAAAAGGCUUUUAAUGUUUCAUAAUGUAUAAACCAUAUUUUGUAGUACUGGGAGCAAUCCUGAGAGCACUACUGCUGUGCAGUUUUCAUUCAUUCCAGUGGGAUUCUCCUCACAAGAAGUGAAUGGAAGUGAUGUGCUUGUUACAACUUGAUGUCGGUUUUGUAUCCUUGUCUGUUAUAGAUUAAUGAAAAUAAUUCAGUUGGACAUUUUAAAAAGUUGCUUCUGUUCGUUUGUAAAUAAUUAUAUGCUAAUAUGCAGCACUAGAAAUUCUAGAUAUUUUUUUCUUAAGGGAAAUCAAGAGUUUUCCAUUUUAAGUCACUAGUAAUGCAAACUGUCUGGCAUAAUAAAAGAGUAUUGUUUACAGUU